UCCAUACACCAAGGAUGUUACUCUCAGUGCAACAGCGCCUGAAGGAUAUCGCUCAUCUUGCCGUGGAUGUUUUCACAACUGGCAAAAGGGAUGGCUUCCAAAGAACGCUCAUCCUCCUGCUCACCUGUGGCCUCUCCAGCCUCCUCCUCAGCUCUCUGCUCCUCCUGUACCUCCUCUUCACCCUGAGCUACGAGCUAGCCGUGGCUGGAGGUAUUGCUGGCUGCUUCGGGGCACUACUGACUGUUGCCCUCUUCCUGUCAAAGAGAGUACGGUGCCUAGGGACUCUGUUUAUGAUCUCUAUUUUCAUGAAGAAGAGCCGGAACCUGCUCCUGACCGCCGGGACGAGUAUAGUGGUUCUCAGAAAUAUCCGCAACACCUUGGAGAACCUCUCAGGCCUGGUGAGGAGUAUGAUCUGCAACCUGAAGGCAAAGAAAGCAGCCAUCGGCGCCCCGUUCAGUAACUACGUGAAGAUGCUGAAGUGGAUCGGGAACAUGCUCAAGGGGUUUACAGACUUGGGGGUUCUGAACCUUGACUCCAAACUCGAGGUCUCGCCCAGGCUGGAAUCAGAACAAUUUAGCGUGAAACUCAGCGACGCAGAGCGCAUUCUGAACGAAACUGUGAAGUACGUGCAGUCCGUUACGAACACAGUGUCCUCCGUGAGCAAAAGGAUGCUUCCCGCCAUCGGCCUCCUCGUGCUCAUGAUGAUCAUAGCCCUGCACAUAAAGAAAUUCCGCACUGACAUGAAAUACCACAACAGGUUCAUCAGCAGCAAAUUUGUUCGCUUCGACGAGAGGCGGAAGGCGGAAGGGCGGCCCAGCGUGCUCCCUCUCACUCCGAAGGAGGAGAAGAUGUACACCGCCAUCCCCUCCGCCCGCCCGACCACCAAGGAGGGGAAGGCGAUGCUGAAAUUUGGCGUCCCGAUAGUCUCCCAUUUUGUAGCGUGGGUUUUCUUUAUAGCUGUCGACGCCUUAUUGUACUACUUUGUCGAUACUGUAACGAAGAAGUUAUCAGAGCUGGAACCAUUCCAUGUCCCGCUGUUGAUAAGCAUCGAAGUAAGUACGAAAUGUUUAUACAUUUCUGCAUUUACAAGCAUUUCUUCCAGUCAGACGACCGCUAACACACACCUUCAUGUAUCUUCUCAGAGGAUUGCAUCUUUAAUAGGUAUACGAUUUGUUGAGGAAUACCACCGAGGAGACUUCUCCUACUCUGUGACCCUGUUUGAGAAGCAGUGCCUUCCCAAACCCAAGCUGCUGUUCUCUGACUCUGUCGUUCCUCUGGCGGCCAUCCUGCUCACGCUGCUCGUCAUGGCCCUGGUGGCCUCCAAAGUGUCCCAGCUCAGGCUGAUGGUUUGCGAGCGAUUCUUCUCCACCGCUGCGGAGGAAAGAGUGGAGUACCUGCACGCCAAAAUCCUGAGGAAGAGAUUAAAAAGGAGGAUGUGCCGCCUGACUUCCUUCUAUUUUAAGCCACAUUUCUGGUGCCCCCUGCUCUUCAGGCCCAAAGGGGAUCCAGACGGCAGCGUGUGAGGAAGAUAUUCUUUCUGCUGCUUUGAUUUUUGUUUGUUCUCGGAAUAAGUAAACAUCUGGAAAACAUAAAAAAGUCUCCCAUUAAGGACCGUUGCGAUUGAAACUUGUUUCACUGCACGGAGGUUCUGAUGCUCGUGCCCUAAACAGCUAUCAGCCUAUAGGUAAUGCUGCAGUUCCAGUCAAGGUGAGAGGUCAGAAUUUCCUGGUUGAAAUUUCCAACUUCCAACCAAAAGUUACCAAAAACACUUGUACGACUGCAACAACGUGAUGUCUCUUUGGCCGGUGAGCACUCAGAGGAGAAAAAACUACAUACGAGUUAACAGACACCAUUACACAUUUUAUUUUACAGCACUUUUGUUCUUGAAAAUGUAUCUUAUGUUCAUGUUCCGUUCACUGUACCAACACCGUCGUCUGCAAAUACGCCCGACCCUUCUCCACAUGCUGCUGUUGUGAUGUGAUGACAGACAGCCACUGCUAUCUGAACUUGGGGUGUGUGGAUUUGCAUCGAGUGGACGAAUAGGACCAGACUGGUUUGAUUGGUGUUCCGCUGUACUUUUCUUGCAGCGGGAGGUCAGAAAUGUUCUGAGUUGUCCCGAAGGCAGCAUAAGCUGUUCUGUAAUCACUGUUCAACACUAUGAUGACUUGAUUUGAGGCACCCAGCUCCAAAAAUGUCCUUGGUGGAUCAGUAAUAUACGCCCUUCUAUUUAUCAUAUACAUAACUAUUAUUUAAUUUUAGAACUGAACACUGCAAUGUUCAUCUUUUUAUGCUGAUGAGACCAUCCAAGCUGAUUUGCCAUGGACUCUAUUGUAGCCUUCCUCAGGGUAAGGUCCGAGGACCUGCAGACCUCUUUUUAUUUCAUCUGGAGCUUGCUCUUAUCUCUUGAAAAAAAAAAAAAAAAGGGCGAGUUGUAGGCAAGUCUCAGGGGCACAACGCUUUGAAGCUCACACUGAUCUGUGCUUGUGAUGGAAAUCAAAUAUAUAUCACACAGAAUACGGAGCCUUUUUUCUCAUUUCAAAACAGAAGCCUUUACACACUCCACUGUGCUUUCCACACUGGAUUAUAGAGAUGAGACAAACAGUAUGCAAACCGAACAACUAUAACACUAGACCGCAGACUAGGACUGAUUUAAAAGUCCUUCAGACCGUACCUGACACUGAAGGCUGACGCCCCAAUACCUUAACACUGGACAAGAACUAAAAAAGAAAAAAAAACAAAAAACUGUUGUUGUCUUGUUGUGAUCUGCUAGUGAUGUAUGUUUUGUAUGCAAAUUGUAUGUUUUUUUAAUGACAUGUAUAGAUAUUUUUUCUAUAUUGUAUUACACAGGAUACUUUUUGACAAU